AUGGGCGCCACCGCCAGCCGCUCGACGCCGCCCGUCGUGACGACAACUCGGAUCCACGGCUACUCCAUGCUGCUUCGCCCGCAGACUUUCGACACCAUCGUCUUCCGUGGUCUCCCCUGGAAUGUCAAGGUGUACCCGGACUGGGAUGGUCUCGACGAGCUCGGCCUAGCGGACAGGUUCAUUGUCUCGAUCGAAAUCGACGAACUCUACCGCGGCAGUCUCAUAGACUCGGGCCUCCACACAGAAAUCUCCAUAGAAAUAGAAAUCCUUGACGAGACCGGCGAGCACACGGUCUUCCAAGAUGGGAACUUCAUGCCCUGGUGGAUGAGCAACGCGGACAUCUUUAUGUUCUGCGUGUCAAGGAGGGAGCUGGAGGCGUCGUCGUGUGUCCGCAACGGCAGCUUCACCGUCAGGUCCACCAUAACUAUGAAGCAGGCAGCAAAGCAAAACUUGUCCGAAUCCAAGGAGCUCGCGGCGUUGGACACCAUGUCUGGGUCCCACACGCUCAUCAUCAGCAACUUCUCCAAGCUUAAGGCCACGCUCCGCGACGAAGAAUGUGCCUGCUCCCCACGUUUCACCAUAGGGGGGUGCACAUGGUACCUCAAAGUCUGCCCCAACGACGCCUGCGGAUUUGCCUCCCUGUUCCUCGGACGUUCAAAUAAGGCGGACGACAGGCCCACAACGGCGGAGUUCAGCUUUGAGCUUGAGGGGAUGAUGAAUUUCCAGUCCGACAAGAUGACGCACACGUUCUACCAUGCCAACCAUCAACACUUAAUUAAAUACGAGCUGGAGCCGUUGAGUUCGUUCUCGGCCAUGCACGACGACCGCCUCCUCCUUCGGUGCCGUCUCGCCGUCGUCGUUUCCCCUGCUGCGAUUCCGAUUCAGACUGCCAUCCCAAGCACUGAAUCCGUACUUACUCCUCUAAUAAGCGCCAUGUAUGAUUAA